AUGGCCAGAAAUCUACCGCACUCGAAGCACAAACACAACGAAAACGUUGGAAAUGCUAGACGAGAUUUUUUCAAGAUUCGGCAAUCCAAAAAUUCUUCGGAUAAUGGCUCGCAAUUUGUUAGCGCCCGAUUCAAGCAAUUCUGUGAUGAAGCUGGAAUCACCCACUUAACAAUUGCGCCCUACCAUCCACAGUCUAAUGGACAGGCUGAGCGCUUUGUGGACACUUUGAAAAGAGGACUCAAGAAUGCUCGUGAUCAUAAGUCACCUGCAGAGCUUCUAGGUAGACCCUUCACUACUACACUGGAUCUUCUUAAGCCCCGAAAAUCAAGCACACCAGCUGUAAACAGUAAGCAGAAUAACCAGUUCAAUCAACGCCAUGGUACCGUCAAGAGAGAGUUCUCCGCUGAUGAUUUAGUGUACGCAGAGGUUCAUCGUCACAAUCAAACCUCAUGGGUUCCUGGCAAGGUGAUUGAGAGAAAAGGCUCCGUCAUGUAUGCUGUACUUCUGGAAACCGGUCGUCUCAUCCGUUCUCAUACGAAUCAGCUACGACAGCGUCAUCUAGAAUCCAUUAGUGAAGCUACUGAAUCAAAUUUACCAUGGACCGUGCUGCUUGAGGAAUUUGGAAUGCAAAAUCUGUGUACUCCAUGUUCGGAUGAAACUGCCGAUCCUGAUUACAAAGAAACUCAACAACCGCCUGAAAUGCUGCCCGAAGUGGCACACCCAAUUCAACAAUUGCCUGAAGUAUUGCACCCUGCCGGACCAACAUUGGACCAAGAAAUGGUUCUAGCACCAGAAGUCGUUGUUGAAGGCAGCAUUCCGCAGUGCUCCAAUCAACCCGUUCGUAACCGAAGGCUUCCGGCAUGGCUCGGAUCCUACGAUCUCUUUUAA